UCUUCUGCUCCACCACGUCUCAGCUCAGUCGGCUGUGUGAGAUCAUUACCAGACUGCAGGCUCCAGGCUCUGACAUUCACCGAUCGGGAAAUCAGAGAGAGCAGAAGCUAGAGAGCGCAGAAGAGUCCGAGCCUUUGAUCCCAUUGCAAGCGGCGGUGGGCGGCGACCACCACGCCGACUCCCCCGUGCUUGUCGUUUGGGCUUUGAAAGCUCGAUCUUGUCGCUGACAUUUGCACGCUUGGAAAACCGGCUCCUUGAAGCUCGACGGAUGCGGGCUUGUUUUGACUGCGGUAGUAGCCUUCGCACCUUUCCUUCUCGCAUGCCCAGUGGAACGGAUUUGUGAAGGAUCUUAACUUGACCAAGCUCCGCCAGUGUGGCCGGCGGUCCUGCAAGGGACCCCGGGGACGGUUUCUGUCCGGCCGCCAGGCAACCCGCAAAGAGAGCGCUUUUUUUCAGCUUGGAGUUGGACAUAAACGUCUCUAAUUGGAUUCCUCCUCCCUUGAUGGCUUCUUUUUUUUUCUAUCAACACAUCGGCUGCAUACCCGAUUUCGCUAUUUUUUCCCCCUUUCUCAAGCAAAAUCGACGCCAUUUUACUCGGGGUUUUGUGUCAAAAAACAUCCAAGUAUAUUCCAGGAGCGUGUGACAGCUCCCUGGGAGGCUGUCAUCCCAACCGUCGCCUGUGUAAAAAUGUGUCUAAAUGGAUUGUAAAUGAUCUUGAUCAAUAAUUUACACGUCAGAGCUGAGUGUGUGACAACAUUAGACAUGGAUUGUCCCUGGCUUCCCAGCGUGUCAGUGGGCCAACCAAGCCAACCUCAAUAGCUGAUUGACAACAACCCAGCUGCUCGACAGACUUCCAUCCUCUUUAUUCCCAUUGGCUGGCUGCCACAGCUUCCCCCACCCUGACUGGCUCUGGCGGGAGAGUGGAUGGAGCCAAGGGAUCUGGUUGGCUCGGCCCGACCCAAAGAGGCGGAGUUACAGGGAGCCGGGGCGGCGCGAAAUGAAGGAGCGGGAGGUAUCGGCUUGGCACGUAGUGAUGAUGUGAUUCACGGUGGCGUCAGUGAAGGGGAGGGGCUUGAAGAACACGGGGAGGGGCUUCUGGAAGAGCAGGAGUUUUCCAUCAAGGAAGCGAGCUUCCAGGAAGGAAGUCUAAAGCUGAAGAUUCAGACCACCAAGCGUACCAAGAAGCCCCCCAAGAGCCUUGAGAACUAUAUUUGUCCACCGGAGAUCAGGAUGACCAUCAGACCUCCCGCUGGAGAAGGCAAAGGGGGGCGGCAGGGGCGAACUGGAGGCGUGGCCAUAUCGGGGCGGGUUCAAAAGGAUGAAGACAGAGCACCGCCCAGAAAAAGGACAUACGAGCGCCAGUUCAGAAUGCCUGAGCCGAGAGAAGGAGGCCUAUUGCAACUACUGGGAGAGCCCUCACCAGCUAAACAUCAGCCUCGCAAUGCUCUUCUUCCUGCGCCUACUCUCUCCCCUGUACAACCGUUGCAGCACACCCCCACACAACAAUUCCAGCAUGUUCAGCAGCACCAAGUCAGUCCGGACUGGAUCACGUUUAGAGCGCCUUCGGUUUCUCCAGCCAAUCCUACAGAUUCCGAGCCAGCCGUAGAAUUAACGGGAGCCAGUAGGAGUGCAAAUUCUCUCAUGGAUUCAAAUGCACCCUUCCCACGAACUGCGAUUCACAGCCACUCGCCUCAGAGAUGUUUGACUCCAGACCUUCAGUUGCCAGUUGUUACAGAUGCCAGUAUUCUCAACCUUACAUCCCUCAGCAGGGGGAAAGGUUUGCAGGAAGUUAAUGAGCAGCUCUUUGGGAACAUCAAGAGGAAGUAUGGCAGGAAGGACUCCCAGAAGAUGCUCUCUAAUCCUCACAGUGCUGACACGCUGUGGGGAAGACAGUCUGAAAAAGAAACAGGAAGCCCGUCUCAUUCAGACAGGCAGCGCUACAGACAAGAAGAGACGACUGAGCAGUUUCAUGAAGAAAGAGAGCAAAGAAGGAAGGAUGAAAGAGAGCGAACAAUUACUGCUAGGAGAGGGGAUGAUGAGGAUAGAGGAAUGCCCAUGUUGACAGAGGAUGGAAAAGGAAGAAAGAGGAGGAGAAAGCCUUCUUUAGAUGAGUCCUUUUCUGUUGAGGAGCAAUCUCUACAACGACAGGACUCGAACACCACAGAGAAGUACCAGCAUAAGCCUCCAGAACCCAAAGUAGCUCAUAAAUCGGAGAUUCACAAAAAUGAUUCCAGGUUCGCGAGUCAGGUUGAGAUCAGUGGAGAGAAGACAGAGAAAAGUGAAAUACCGGACAAAGGUGACAAAAGAGAAAAGGGAGAAAGGGUAGAAAGGGCAGAAAAAGAUGAUUCACUUCGGAGUGGGACUGACCCAGAAUCACCUUUCAGUAUGAACAGAAUGAAAAAGAACCCAGUGGGUCGUCCCAAGAACUGUAUUGAUGCACAUAAACACAGAGAUCUUGCCCUGAAUAUCAGCAAAGCACCAAACUUCUCCACAGGUCCCGGACUCCCUAGUCCAAACCCAAGCCCGAGCCCUAAGGGAACAAUGAGUCCAAGCAUAAGCCCUAAGCCUCGGCCUAACUUUAGCCCCAGCCACAGACCGAGGGCAGCCCUGAGUCCGAGUCCCAGCCACAGCACCAUCUCUACAGUCAGCUCCAGAUCAAGCAAGACUCAGGACAGAUGGUCCUACCUGAAAGCAAAGAAUCACCACAGCAUCACCUCACCCCAGAGAGACAGCUGCAGUAGUCCAUCAAUGAUAUUUGACACACCUUCGGCCUUCCCUAUAACUCCUUCUAGUCCACUUUAUACAAAUACUGACAGCCUGACCGUCCACACGCCCAUCAAAAGAAAACGAGGACGCCCCAAGAAACAACCCCUUCUAACUGUAGAAACCAUCCAUGAGGGAACAUCCACUUCACCGCCAAGCCCGCUAGCACAAGAAACCUCUGCCGGACUAAACCGCAGGAGGAAGACUAACCCACCGAACACAACAAUUAAUCCAAUAUUAGUACAAAUGGUGUCGGCAACUACCAGCUCCAAAUCCAGUGGUCUGAAAGUAAAGCGUGGCAGAAACAAUUCAAAGCCAGUCAAUAAGUUAAAGCUUGGCAAGAUGCAAAGCAUCCUGAAUGAGAUCUUGUCGAGCUCCAGUAAGAACAGCGCCCUGAGGUCUCCUUCCACACCUGUUCACCCUGCUAUGAAUGCCAUGGCAUCAACCAUCGAGGCUCGGCUGGGAAAACAGAUCAACGUCAGCAAGAGAGGCACCAUCUACAUCGGUAAAAAGAGAGGCCGUAAACCCAGAGCUGAAACGCAAGGCUGUAACCCUGCCAAAAACGUCAAGGAAAAGCACUCCAUGUCUCUCGCCACGUCCAGUCUCUACGAGAGCCCCGUUGUGAACGCCACCACUUCCUCUCCGAGCUCCAGUGCACCACCAAUGAGAAUCAGCCACUCUGAUGCCACUAUGCCUAGUCUGCAGCCCAUCUCAGCCCUACCCCCCAAACCUUUAGUCAGAGGAUUUCUCUCUGGGGGAUGGAAACUGUCACCUCCACGUCUUCUAGCUAAUUCACCCUCCCAGCUUUCCGAAGGUGCAUCCGUGAAGGAGGUCACCUUGUCUCCCAUCAGUGAGUCCCACAGUGAAGAGACUAUUCCGAGUGACAGCGGGAUUGGCACAGACAACAACAGUACGUCGGAUCAAACCGAGAAAGGCCCCGCCUCUCGGCGCAGGUAUUCUUUUGAUUUGUGCGGGUUUGAGGCCACGGAGGCUGCUGCCGUCGAAGCAUCCGCCAGAGGAAACAGAGGUCGAAGUGAACGACAAGCUGCUGUGGACAACUUCCUUUCUCAGCAGGAGAAGAAGCAGAAACAUAAUCGACGUAAAAGGAAGUGUUUUCAGAGCCGGGAUCACCUUCACUUUCUGUCUGAACUUGAGGAGGUUGUGUCAAAGCUGCAGCAGCUACGAGUGUCUCACAGAAGAUAUAGCUGCUUCCCUCAGAAUCCCUAUCCCUCGAUUUUCCGCCUCAACUUUCAUCAUUACUACCCGGUGACCUAUGACACCUACCCCUGCGACUCCAGUUCGUAUAUUCGUAGGAGUGCUGAUCUGAAGGCCAAAAGGAGACGGGGUCGUCCAGCCAAAGCCAGUGAGCCAAUUGCCUCGAAAAUACCUUUUGUUCAAGGAUAUGGCUAUCCACUGGCAGGGGGAAAUUACUAUGCAGCACCGUAUGCUAUGCCUUACACACCCCAUCUAAGCCUAGGCUAUUUCCCCCCCGCACCUCCGUUCUACCUGCCUCACCACCCCCUUGGCCAUGUUCCGCCAUCACCGUUUAUGAGACCUGCUGUCCCCCCUCCCAAGGCUUUCCACGCCAGUGGACACCCAAAGCUCCAGCCGGGGGUCAAGCAUCGCGGCAUCGCUGGCCAACUUCAGGGGCCCUCUGCAAGAGGGGAUGGCUUGGGAUCCAUCGGCAGUAGUAGUACAGGUGGUCUCGGGGGUGUUCGCCUCCAUAAGAGGAAGCACAAGCACAAACAUAAGCACAAAGAUGAACCCCUACUUUCUCCGCGAGACCGGCAAGAGUUGGGCGGGCUUUUCAGUGGAGCCAAGGCCAGUUCACAUCGCAACCUUCUUAGUGACUCAUCCAUUCAGGGCCCUUCAAAGCAUCAGGAGAAGAGGACUGACGGGAGAGGCUCAAGCCUGGGAUCCACUUUAGGGAUGUUCGAGUCGGAAAACCUGUCCUCGCACUCUCUUUCCAAUGGCCAUUUCCACUUGCGUCAGACUGGACCGCCAAUGAACAGCUUCGUGAGCAGCUACAGUAGCCAAUCACAGCAACCAGAAUCAUCUUCCUUCCUCUUCUUGGGGUCACAGGAGAAUGAGUGUAGUUCAAGGAGUAAGAAGACGAGGCCUGCUGCGUUUGGAGAUCAAGGGCUGAUGUCACUGCAAACUGCCAGGCAGGAGCCAGUACAAAUGAAUGAUUGCUCCAGUCCACCUCUCUCUGGUGCUCCCGGUAAACGACGAUACAAGCGCAGAGAGGUAGAGCAGAUCCAGAAGGAGGUGAGAAGAAUGCAUUCUUUGAACUUGGAACAUGUGCAGAAGAUCCUCCGUGCCAAGCGCCUGCAGCGGCAAGCCAAAACUGGAAACAACAUCAUCAAGAGACGACCCGGACGGCCCCGAAAACAACCGCCCGAUGAUGAAUCGGGUCCGGCAAACAGGAGGGAGGACAACCGGGCCGGCGGUGGCGGGUUGGACGUGUUGGCCGGUAAAAGAGCGGAUGGAAGGACUCCGGGGAUGCCUGUUCUGGAGCGCUGUGAUGAGCCACCGGGUAGACAGAGCCUCAGGCCCACUUUGACCCCAGAGCCUCUGGAGUUUUCCAAUCACGAUUCCAUUUCGGCAACCAUCGAAAAGGUGGUUCAUAGAGCCCGCUCUCUCCCUGCGCAGGCCAAAGGGGGCAAACGCCGGGGUAGGGGCAACAGCAGGGACAACUUAUGGGCCCCCUCCAAUCAAUAGACCCGCGGAGAGAGCAACUCUGUCGAUAAGCAGGAGCAUUGAAACGAGCCGGCGCUGUUUUAUCUUUAUCAGAUCCAGUGCCCUUAUUCCCGUGACUCUGCCGUGCACCUUGAUUUAAGAGAAUGAAGACAGGUCAGAACAAUGGCGGUGCCAGCCCUCAGUUUGAACAUGAGCCUUUUCAGGGUUCCUAGGACCUGCAUUUCAUAUUGGCACCAUCUGCUUUCAUUUGAUCCUGAAUCUGAUGCUCAUCGAAUUGCGCCGUACUAACGGCAGUGUAGGAUAUGACGGGACUCUUCAUGUUUCUGAUACAGUGACGUGUACUUCAUGAGACUGUAUCAGAAUGUGGCGUGAGCCAAAUAUUUACCAGCAAGGGGUGGGAGUGUGUGUGUGUUGGGGGUGGGGGGUUUAGGGGCAUAUUUGAAUCCUAUAAAACUGUGCAGCUCAGCUUUUUUUCCCUGCCUUUCUGUGGGAGCCUGUCAAAAAGAACACAGCAGUAAUGAAGUCACCUUACCCUUCUACUUCUCCUGGUAUGUCGCGUCUGUGUUUGUUUACCGUCCGUACCUUCUUAGAAUGGAUUUUAUUGGUCCAUCCCCGCAGUUUAAUCCCAUAUCCUUUUUUUUCUCCCUGCUUCACCUCCUCCCAAUCUAAAGGUUUAUUACCUAUACAGGAGAGGUCGAAACCUAUCCUGGACGCUGACUUAAAGGCAAUAUGGUGGACGAGACUGUCCAAGACUGUACAUAGACAAAACAUCCAUUCUCGCUUACCUUGUACAACAGGAAACCAGCUCACAGACACGUACUGCAAUUCAGUAUAUCCGAUUUAAGUGCUGUACUAUAGACAAUGAACGUUGCGUAUUGUUUCUAUCACCAAAACACAGACAUGGAUGUGACACAAGACAAGUUUGUUUUCAGAUAGAAACCACAUGUAUUCAGUCAUACACUCAUAACUGUGUUUAUAUCUUGGGAAGAGGUGGGGGCAUUGUAUACAGUGGGCAUAUCAGGUGUGUUUGUGGGUUUUUCUUCUUUUUUUGUUGUUGUAAACCUUAAAAGUUGGUUUAAUGCACUAUGGAAAAAAAAAGAAAAAAAAGAAGCUGUACCCUUGCAUCAAUCAAAUGCAGCACUUAAAUGCUUGUUCCAGCCUUAUGCUUUUUGGCCUUGGUGUGGAUAUCCAUUCCAGAGAGCAUGCAUUACUUUUAAUCAAUUUGUAUAUGCAGGCUGCGCAGCCAAAAACGUCAAACCGAAAGCCCGGCUAUGGAUUGAACGGAGAGGGCUGACUCCAAUAUCGUGUUCUGAAAAGCUUACCCCACUCUUUAUACUUUCACUUAAAAAAACAAAACAAAAAAAAAACAUAUUUUUGGGACAGAAGAUCAAAAAUUCAGUAUUUUAUGAACCAAAGUCUCGGUAUUAAUUGUUUUAUUUAACAGAAUUCAAAUCAGCGUCUUUAUUGUGUUGGAACCAAUGUAAAUCACCCCGUGGUGCACUCUAGAAUGUAGCCAGGAUUGUUUUAAUGUCAAUGUGUACUGUGUCCUUUUAUCAAUCUCUUCACUCGUGUUUAUUCCGUAUAUAAUAAGAAAUAUUACUCAGUGUUCUAUUUCAGGAGAUUCAGUUUUGUUUUGUUUUUGGACAGGGUGGGAUUCUCAGUUGCAGCAGCUCAACUUGUGCCUUAUGAUUUGUGUUGUUCUCUUCUAAUAAAUGGCAUUUGACCUGAGAAAUAGCAAAGCGGCAUUCAACAUUCAACCCCAAAAUAGUCCUGAUUGUGCCAAGAGUAUCACGCAUGAGAUACUCAACACAAAUUGUUCAAAGGGAGCUACAAGGGGGCGACCGGUUAACAAAAAUUGUGUAUUCUCUGCACUGUGUUUGUCUGUUGUUUAACUUUUUGGCAUCACUCUACUGGAUAGGCAUUCAAAUUAAAGAGUUAAGAUUUCACGUGGCAGUAUUUUUAUUUUAUUUUUUGCCCCCCCAAUCGGCCAAAUGGGCUGCGUGUAAUGAUUCACAAAUAUUUUCCAACAUCAUUAUCAGCAUCAUUUACAGACUAUAAAUGAGGAUGCUGUAAAGCGAAGCUCACAUCUGGACUGCUCAUUGCAAGUAACAAACAGCUGCAUAAUGAACAAAGGCGGUUGUCAACUUGUCAUGUCCACAUUUCCUUGUUAGCUAUGCACUUGGCCAUGCCUGGCAAAGGCUGAAUGAUGAGUUUCUUAAACAAAGAGAUCCCAGUGCUCCAACAAUGAUGUCAUGUAACUAAUAUUGUGACAACCACCGGUACUAUUUUUGAACAAGUUGUGCAGAAAGCGACGAUCGUGUAAUGUUUAGUGCGACUGAAAUUUACACGUACAGCCUUAACCGGGGGUGAAACUACAGUUUUCUUUUUUUGUCACUUGUAGGGAGUGACAUUUGGCGAACAACCAUCAAUGAAUCAGUUGAGUUUUAAGUAUUCUUUUAAAAAGGAAUUGUUCCGAACCCCAGUUUCAAUGCUGGUGUUGCAAAGAGCAGGAUGAUGCUGCCGUGUCCGAGGUUUGAGUGGAUAGAACUCAAUGUCCCAUCGCUGACAGCUGUCAUCUUUAGACCACAAGCAAAAUCAUCGGCACUUUUGCUGCUCGCAACCCAGCCAUACAUUCCGUUUUGCCUCAGUCGCGUAGACCCAGUAUUAAUCAUCAAUCAAAUCCUCACAAUCGACGGAAUUCUGAAAUGGCCCAUCUGGGCAAGAAGUGUAGUAAUCCAAAUUUGCCUUCUCAUGGCGUUUCAAGGAAGCCUCGGAAGGCCACACUUUUUCACCUUAACCCUUUCAUGCAGCCUGUAACCCGAUAACAUGAUAAGCUGUCCACUGAAGUAAUCGCUAUCUCAGAAAGAAAGGCUUAACUAGGAGUCCCUGCUGAAAAACAACAAUUUUGCCCGCAGCCUGUUGGGGCAGUGCAGUAGCACGAACAAGUUUGUUUGUUUGUUUUGCUAGCUCUCGGGGCCACGAUCCACAACGCGCUCACCCGCAACCUCCCAGAAUACACUCAUCCCAAUUUCUGUGUGCUUGACCUUGCCCCUGUGUGAAAAGACACACCGGCGUGCAGAGUGUUGCGGAUUGUUCACUGUGGUACGGCAGCGGUUUGUUGCUCGUGGAGUUGAACAUGGUAGAUGUUGUCCGUCUUGUCUGUUAUCUGCUACCAGCCGAUGCUCCGGUGCCUUCGAACACUGACAAGUAUUGUCCUAAACCUGAGCUUUUCACGUAGACUGGCAUGGGUCGUGAUGAUGACGAGGCUUCACGGGGUCAUACGUUGACCAGUGGCUCUGAUUUUUACAUUGCGGGCGGUGUGUACCAUGCAGCUCGUUCAUGCCAGUAAUCGAUUUGCGGCUUUGCGGGGGAUACGCGCUCCCUUCAAAUCUGAUCAUCCUGUGAGACAGAGCCUCGUAUGUAGUGAUGCUCGCAGGUGUACAUUUGUCAGCCAAUGUUGCAAGGAGAUGAAUCGGUGGGGAAAACCAAUAAAUGUACUUCUUUAGAGCACAAAGUGAAGGCAUAUUUUAGUUUGUAUACAUAGUGAAUUUGAACCUUUUUCUAGAGUGGCUUUCCUUUCUUCGCAUGCUCAACUCGAUUGUAUGCAUUAAGUAUUUUAGACGAGCCGAAAGUUGAAUUUGAAGCAACACUUGUACAUUGUUUGAUAUGUUUGGGGUUUUUUUUUUUUGUAAUGAAUUUUUUAAUUCAUGAAGCAUUUUUGUACAUUGUAUGAAUAUAAAACAAAACAAAACAAAAAAACCUGCAAAUAUUUGACAUAAAGAGUAAAUACUAGAUGCGCAUGCAUAUGCAUAUAUUCUUCACCGUAUGUAUGUGUAGGUAUACACAUAUAUUUUGUAUUUGCAUUCGCCAGCAUACAGAUAUAUGUCUUAAAGCACAUAUAUACAUGCAAUAUAUAUGUAUAUCCAUGUCUGUCGGCAUGCUUUUGGCCAUGUUUAUCGUUCAUGAUCUCGUAGGUAUUUAGUUUUGUUUUAACUUCUUUUUCCUGAGAAAGAAAAGCUCAUUCUUUUGCUAUCCUUCCGUUGGCUGGCUGCAUUGAGCACUUAUUAAGAACUACAGUUGAAGUUGUUCAUGUUAUCCAUCGUGUGAAAUAAUAAAUGACUUUAUUGACAUCUUA